AGCCACUGACUGGAGGGGACAGAAGCAUAAAGAGCCCCGGGAGCAGAGCAGGCUCCAUCCUCCCAGAGAGCCCCGAGGCUGUGCUGCUCAAGACAAACCAGGCUCCAGAAGCAGCAUGUCCCAGCUGGAAACUGCCAUGGGGAUGACCAUUGCUGUCUUUGACCAGUAUGCAAGGACUGAUGGCAACAGGCAAACCCUCAGCAAAGCAGAGCUAAAGGCUCUGCUGGAAAAGGAGCUCCCCAACUUCCUCGCGUCUGGGAAGGACAAGAAUGCUAUUGAUAAAGUCUUCAAGAACCUGGAUGAAAAUGGAGAUUCCCAAGUGGACUUCAAAGAAUUUGUUAUCUUUGUGGCAGCUCUGACUUGCUGCUGUCACAAAUAUUUUGAGCAGAAUGCAGCCAAAUAGUUGUCAAACUACUCACUUAGGCUGUCUUUGCAUGUGCUCCAUAUGCUGGUGAUAUGGAUCCCUUCACUCCUUCCAUGUAUUGCUGUGAAGUUUGCAAGCACACUGGACUGUAAAAAUAAACCCUACUGAGCUCAUUCCCUACCCUGAAUGCUAAUUUCUUCUCAUUUGUGGAACAGCCUGGGUUUAACGACUCCCACUAACUCACACUGUGUAGUUUCUCCAUUUCUCUGGUUUUAAAAUUCUUUUCUUAGCUAAAAGGUUCAAUAUUCUUCCCAGUUCAGAAGCUGCACAAGAAUAAAGGCUGCUGGAUCCAUGAAUCAGCUGGAGGCUGUUUUUAUACAUCAGCAUCUCUGGGAUGCAUCCCAAAUCCAUACAUGUGCCACCACAGCUGUACAGGACAGGCUCACUCUGAGCCUGUUUGGUACCCUCAGCUGUGGGGUCGUUGUAGGGCUGCCUUGUAGCUUCUUUCUUGGUUAAAACAGCAAAACAACCCCAAACAUCUUUUCUAUUUUUUUUCAACAGGGAGGAUUCUGUGCAGUUUUGUGUGCUAAUGAGCCACUUCAUCCAGAUCACAUAGAUUUAUUUUCUAUGACACCAUAAGACUUUUGUACCAAUAUAUUGAUGUUAGUUUAAAAUAAAUUUAAUAGU